AUGGCUUCCGCCGCCGAGUUAUUACAGGUCGAGUCUGAGAUCGCACCAAAGUUCGCGCCUUUUGUCGGCAUGGCUGGCAUCGCAGCUGCCAUGAUCUUCGGAUGUAUUGGCGCGGCGUUCGGCACGGCCAAAUCUGGCAUUGGUAUCGCCGGUGUCGGUGUCUUCAGACCUGAUCUCAUUAUGAAGUCCCUCAUCCCUGUCAUCAUGUCCGGUAUCUUGGCGGUUUACUCUCUCGUCGUCUCCGUCCUGAUUGCCGAGGACAUGAAGCCAGACUCGUCUUACAGUCUGUACACUGGCUUCAUGCACCUUGCCUGCGGUCUGUCCGUUGGAAUCACAGGAAUGGCCGCGGGCUACUGCAUCGGCAUCGUCGGCGACAAGGGCGUCCGCGCGUACAUGGAACAGUCCAGGAUCUUUGUUGGCAUGGUCCUGAUCUUGAUUUUCGGCGAGGUGUUGGGUCUGUACGGUCUCAUCGUCGCCCUUAUCCUCAACACGAAGUCUCAGGGUUAA